AUGGCCCUUCCCGACGUUUACAAGCAGUUCCUGGCUGCUCCCAACCCUUCGCUCCUCGCGAGCGACGCCGCGCUUCACUAUGUCACCACCACCACGACCUUCCGAGGCGCUGCCGACAUCAUCAAGCACCUGAACACUCAGCAGAACCAGAUCAAGAAGAAGAAGCAGGAGUUCUUGACCGUGAUCGAGGGCCAGAAUGCUGUCGCGAUUGAAGUCCAUACCGUGCUGGAGUUUGUGACCAGCGGCGGCUCCUACCUGCCCGGCCUGGACGACAACUUCUUGGCUGACCACACCGUCGACCUGCCCGUUACGCACAUCGUCACCUUCAAUGCCGAAGGCAAGAUCUCGCAGAUGCGCCAGACCUGGGAUCAGGGUUCGCUUCUCAAGCAGCUCGACAUCAUCGGCAAAUCCGGCCGCAACUGGCCCAUCCGCGACGCCAAGGACCAGAUCAAGAUGAUCGAAUCCAGCCUCAAGGCUGGCGACAAUAUCAUCCCUGCCAAGGAUGACGGAAACUCGGCUCGCGUUCGGGCCAACACGAACAAUGCUAUGCGCGACCCCCACGCCUCUCUGUCUCUCUUCGCUCCCCGGGAGGAAACCGAACAGCAGGCUAUGGCGUCCGUGAUCUCCCCCAAGGCCGGAGGAGCGCGACCGAGACAGCGGGACUUUGCCGAGAUCUUGGGUGAUGAGCCUGUUGGCGAGGCAGGUUCUCCAAGCGCCGGCCGUCAUCGAUCCGACUCCCCCAGCAAGGCAAUUGCUCCGAAGAUUGGUGCUGGCAAGAACUACCAGCCAAGCCGCCUGUUUGAUAGGGAAGAAGAUGUCCCCGAUGAGCCGGAAUCGCCUGGCAAUGGCAACUCUCAAAAGUUCUAUCGGCCAAACCCCAAGAAGUACAACCACUUCGACUUCGCAGACGGAUCCGACCCACAAGAUGCCCCGAGGGCAGCCGAUCCGACCCCCAAGAAGACCAAGCACAGCAGCCAGUGGAACUUUGAGGACUUCACAACUCCCGCCAAGGCUCGCCCGGGCAAGACGCUCCAGAAGAGCCAUCAGGAUGUGCGACAUUGGGGCAACGAGGACGACGUGGUGGAAGAUGGGCCCAAUGGCAAGCCCGCUGCCGUCAAGCCUCGCCGCGAUGCCGAGGCACACUUUGAGUUCGUGGAUGACGGCGAACCCCAGGUUGACCCGCGCCCAAGCCGGCCCCGGGGCGCAACCCACAACACUGGCCUCGGUCUGUACAAGAACAACGUCUACCGCGAGGAAGGCGAGGCUUCUGAGGAUGCCGCCGACCAGCAAGCUCUCGGCAACAUCACCAACCUGAAGAACCGCGGCAAGACCUUCGGGGCCCAGUUUGCCAUGACGGACGAGUCCCCAUCCCAGAUGCCAGAGAGGGGACAAGUCGCCCAGGAUCGUAUGAAGGCUGUCAAGAUGAUGGAUGCCAACUGGGCCGCCACCGAUGAGUCUCCAUCCCAGAAGGAGAACCUGCCAACGAGACCCAAGGAAACGGCGGCCAAGGGCGGCGGCGAACGUGGCAUUCACAUUGGUGGCGACGGGAUGGGCGGGUCCCGAGGAACCGUCAGAGACUGGCUUUAUGGCGAUGAUGACGACCAGCCGGCGAAGCCUGCUCCGGGCCGGAAGCAAGGCGCUUCCAAGACGGGAGGCUUCAACUGGGAUUUCUAG